AUGGCAUCUGCGUCUGCACAUCAAAUAUCUUUAGGCAGUUUGGCAGAUAUAACUGGUGAAUUUAAUGGUGGUUCUUAUAAAAUCGAUCAUCGUGAUACAAAUGCACUUCUUUCAAUAAGAUUAUCAGCUAAUACUUCAUUUUAUGCUCAACCUGGAGCUAUGGUUGCUAUGAGUUCAGAAGUGACACUCAAAGGUAAAUUUAAAUUUUCAUUCAAAAAAAUGUUUACUGGAGGUGAAAUGUCUCAAUCAACAUUUACGGGUCCUGGUGAAAUAAUACUUGCACCACCUAUUUGGGGUGAUAUAGUACCUAUUCAGGUGGAUGCUGGUAUCGAAUGGAAUGUUGGUAAAGGUGGAUUUUUAGCAAUGACCGAUGGUGUAAUAAAAGAUACAAAAUCUCAAGGAUUAGGCAAAGGAUUAUUUUCAGGCGAAGGUUUUUUUGUCAAUCGAAUAUCAGGUGUGGGUAGUUUUUUUGUUACAUCAAUUGGUGCAAUAGUACAAAGAAAUUUAAAAGAAGGAGAACAAUGGAUUGUUGAUAAUGGACAUUUAGUAGCAUGGACUUGUCCAUAUACAUUGGAAAGAUCAGGUGGUGGUUUUAUCAGUGGAAGACAUGCAGAUGAAGGACUUGUUUGUCGAUUUACAGGUCCAGGAAUAGUAUUAAUUCAAAGUCGAAAUCCUGAAGCUUUAUCAGCAUGGAUUGCAGGUCAGAGACCAUCAGGCUAA